UGUUGUUGUUUUGUGAUAAAUAACUAGAAAACACAAAUAUUUGAACUUUGGAAAUAAUAUAAACAAUUAUAUUUUAUCUUAGCUCAAACAGACUAUGUCGAUUAGUGCAAAUGAAAUAGAAGAUGAUGAAGAAGAUAAUUUUAAAUGCUUAAAUUUGACCUUAAUAUUUAGUUGAAUAAAGUUACAACGUGUAUUUAGAAUCUUGAGGCAAAACUGGUGUCGUAAAAAAGAAAACAAGAGUUAAAUUGUAAAAUGUUUAGUAGAAUUAAAAGAUUGCAUCUUACACUAUUCCUAAUUUUGCACUGCCUGUGUUUUCCUGUUCGAUCGACAUACUUAACAUGUAAUGAAUCUCAACGAGGCAUUAGAAGUGACACAUGUACGUUGACUAACAUCAAUGAUAUUUACAGUCUUCGGAAGCCUCUGAUAAUUCCUAGUGGGAUAAAAAAUGUAAUUUGCCUAAAUUCUAAUCCCCGAUAUUUUCCAUCGAUUGUGUUUGAAACGUAUCGUCAGCUAGAGAGAUUUACCGCAAUAAAUUGCACCAUCUCAACGUUCGUUACACACCAAUCGACCCCGUUUGUACGUGCCUUCCAACUAAAAGAACUGAAUCUAUCCCGUAAUUCACUGCGGCAACUCGUCAAUGGACUUUUUCACGGAGCUCGUCGUCUACAAAACAUAGAUUUGUCUUAUAACAAAAUAGAUUCGAUUCAUCCGGACACGUUCAAAGAAUUGCGAUAUUUGAAUCACUUGAAUUUGAGUCAUAACUCUCUCUGGGGCCUAAAUCUGGUUCUGAAUGUUGUGCAACCGAUGCAGCUAAUUGCAGUUCACAACCAAAUCACAACACUUGGAAUACAGGGCAAACACGGUAAAUUUUUUCCAAGUAACAUGAAUCUUCACUUAGAUGUAAGACACAAUCGUAUAACAAGAGUCAAUAUUCCACCCUAUUGUCCUGUCAAAAGCAUCUUUUUGGACCACAAUCAUUUGAACCAUGUCAGCAGUGUAGCCAGAAUCAAACGACUAAUUCGAUUCAGUUUGUAUUACAAUCCGAUAUUUUCACCGGAAUUCAUAAGGAAACCAUAUACGCCGGACUUGAACUUGCAAAAGUCUCUUUAUGUCCAAACACGCGACAAAGGAAUUAUGCCAGUGGAGGCUCCACCAUCAAACUGCACCGGAGAAUUUGAACGACAUUAUUGCCUGAAUAAGGGAACGUGUUUCAGCUUUGCGAUAGACUUUAAAAUUAUUCUCUUGUCUUGCAGUUGUCCAGAUGAUUUUCACGGAGAACGGUGCGAAGAGAAAAGUACUUCUGCGAACUUUGGGCGUAAAUCAAGUGGACGUGGCAGCGGUGGUUAUCCCUUAAAAUAGACAUUAAACACUAUUAAUUACUUGCGAAUAAUUACAUUAUUCUGGACACACACACACACAGAUAUUUGUCGACUGGUUGCAUUGCAUUUUAUAAUAAUUAUUGUCGUACUUUGUACAUAUAUUAAAAUGAAUGAAUGAUAAUAA